UAUUGGGAUAAAGAGAAACCAACGCCCCAGUGUAUUCUUCGGAUAAAAAGAGAUAUUAUGACAAUAUAUAAUGAACCACCUCCAGGAAUGUGUAUAGUUCCAGACAAAGAAGAUAUUACAGAAAUUCAUGCAUUAAUUACUGGACCUUUUGAUACGCCUUAUGAAGGAGGUUUCUUCUACUUUCUAAUUCGGUGUCCCCCAGAUUACCCCAUCAGACCUCCACGAGUAAAACUAAUGACUACUGGUGAUGGUCGAGUCCGUUUUAACCCUAACCUUUACAGAAGUGGCAAGGUGUGUUUAAGUAUCAUAGGGACCUGGAGUGGCCCAUCCUGGAGUCCUGCUCAGUCUCUUUCCAGCAUUCUGAUAUCCAUCCAGUCUUUAAUGAACGACAAACCAUAUCACAAUGAGCCGGGUUUUGAGCAGGAGCGUAAUGUUGGUGAUGCUAAACGGUAUAAUGAUGUGAUACAGCACGAGUCUCUACGGGUUGCAGUUUGUGAUAUGUUGUUGAAAGAACGAUGUACCUGUCCUCAAGCACUUCGAGAAGUGAUGGAAAAGUCCUUCCCCACGUAUUAUGAUUAUUAUGAAUCUGUAUGUAAAGCCAACCUCAUGAAGCAGGGGCAGACAAUGUUGGAUCCUUUCGGUGACAAACGAGGCUCAUUUGACUAUCAGUCCAUCUUAAAGAGGCUCCAUGCCAUCAAGAAGAAACUAGAAGAGAAACAAAUAGCAUCGGAUGAAGAAGGGUCAUCAGACUCAGAAAGUGACAUUGUGAAUGACUCCAGUCAAAGCUGAUGUUUGUCGCCCACAACAAGUGACUGGACAACCAUCAAUUGGAGGCAGUGGGGUGGGACACAGAUGGACUACAAUGAUAAGUUGUGUUGCUGUUGGCUGCCAAAAGUGCAUCAUUACUAUGGCUACAGAACACCUCUCUCUCUCUCUCUCUCUCUCUCUCUCUCUUUCUUUCUCUCUCCUCCCUUACCUUGAUUCAUUGUGAUAUGAGCUUCAGACAGUCUCAUUGGUGG